AAAGUCUAACUCCCCAGAACACUGCUUUACAUGGACACCGGUGUGAGUGAUGGUGGAUUAAAUGUCACUCUCACCAUCCGGCUACUUAUGCAUGGAAAGGAAGUUGGCAGUAUCAUCAGAAAGAAAGAAGAAUCGGGUAAGAAGAUGUGGGAAGAGAGUGGUGCACGUAUCAACAUCUCAGAAGGAAAUUGUCUUGACAGAAUGAUCACUUUGCCUGGUCCCACUCAUGCCAUCUCUAAAGCCUUUGCUGUGAUCAUGGACAAACUGGAAGAGGACAUCAGCAGCUCUAUGACAAACAGCACAGCUGCGAGUAGGCCCCCAGUCACCCUGAGGCUGGUGGUCCCGGCGAGUCAGUGUGGCUCUCUCCUUGGGAAAGGUGGUUGCAAAAUCAAAGACAUUCGUGAGAGUACAGGGGCUCAGGUCCAGGUGGCUAGACACAUGCUUCCCAACUCAACCAAGCGGGCCAUCACUAUUGCUGGCAUUCUGCAAUCCAUCAUUGAGUGUGUCAAACGGAUCUGCGUGGUCAUGUUGGAGACGCUCUCCCGGUCCCCCCCGAAGGGCAUGACCAUCCCAUACCGGCCCAAGCCGUCCAGUUCUCCAGUCAUCUUUGCAGGUGGCCAGGCCUAUACCAGUCAAGGACAGUAUGCCAUUCCACAGCCAGAUUUGACUGAGCUGCACAAAUUGGCAGUGCAACAGUCUCAUUUUCCUAGGACAUAUGGCAACGCCGGAUUCAGUGGCAUUGAAUCCAGCUCUCCAGAAGAGAAAGGCUAUAAGGGUUUGGAUGUGUCUGCUCAGACUACUUCUCAUGAAUUCACCAUUCCUAAUUAUUUGAUUGGCUGCAUAAUUGGGCAUCAAGACACCAAAAUCAACGAGAUCUGUCAGAUGUCUGGGGCACAUAUCAAAAUCGCGAACCCAGUGGAAGGAUCUACUGAUAGACAGGCUACCAUCACUGGAUCUGCUGCCAGCAUUCGCCUGGCUCAGUAUCUAAUCAAUGUCAGGCUUUCCUCAGAGAUGGGUGGCAGCAGGAGCAGCUAG